AUGUUAUCUUCGACUAAUUCAUUAAGCAGAGGUCCAAAUAAAGAAAGUAUUACUUUAAUCUGGUUUGAUCAUCAAAUAGGAACCGAGAAGGAUACAAAUAUUAUUAUAGAACGAUUGCGUGAAAUUAACGAUUAUUUACUUUUACAUAAAGAUCUCAACAAAUGCAUAACUGAAAUUAAAUCUAUUCAAAAUGAAAGAGUAUUUUUGAUUACUUGUGAUUCACAAGCGUCACAAAUAAUACCAUGUGUCAAUUCUCUGUCUCAAGUCGAAGCAAUAUUUAUUUUUGGUGUCGACAAAAACAAAGAUCAAAAAUUGCUUGAUAAACAUAAAAAAAUAGUUGAUAUAUUUAUCGAUCUUGAUUCUUUGUGUGUAGCUAUCCAAAAAUAUAUCCGUGUAAUACAUAAACAAUUAGAAAUUGCCAGUUUCUUCACUAACAAUGAAAAAUCUAUUAAAAAUUUAUUUGAAGAUUCAAUAGAUUUUCGAUGGUUUCAACUUCUUACGCAUAUAACCCUACAUUUACCACGUGAUCAACUAGCAAAAACACAAAUGAUCAAUAUAUGUCGACGAUAUUAUCAAAAUAAUACUCAUCAACUUAAUUUAAUUGAUGAAUUCGAAAAAGAAUAUGACAAAGAUCAGGCUAUUAAAUGGUAUUCCAAAGAAUCUUUUUUAUACAAAUUAGUAAACACAUCUUUUCGAUCUGAAGAUCUCAUUGAUUUAUUUCACUUUCGUCUCUUUAUUGGUGAUCUAUCUGAUAGUAUUGCUAGUGAACAUAAACUGAUGUUAGCAUCAACAAAUAAAACUAUAUGGACUGUUUAUCGAGGUGCACAAUUAUCAAAAGAAAAAUUAAAUAAAUUACAAGAAAGUGAAGGUAGACAUCAUUCAUUCAAUGGAUUUAUAUCGACAAGUCAGUUAGAAGAAGUAGCACUCAUGUUUGCUAUCUCUAAUACACAACAUAAUGAUAAUGUUCCGGUUCUAUUCGUAAUUACAUGUGAUGUAGAAUCUGUUGGUAAUCAUGUCAAAUUUGCCGAUAUACAUCGAUGGAGUGAUCAUCCAGAAGAACAGGAAAUACUCUUCGAUUUGAAUAGUACCUUCUUUGUUCAUAGUGUACGAUCUGAGGCUAUGAUCAUGAAGAAUACAUUAAAAAAAGUACAAAUCUGGCGAAUCUAUAUGACUGCAUCAACUGGCGGACAGAUUAUAACACAUCCUUAUAUGGAUGAAACUUAUCGUCAUAUAAAAGAGAUGAGUGCAAGUAUUGUCUUUGGAAGAUUAAUAUGUAAUCAAGGUCGUUAUGAUAAAGCAUUGGAAUAUUUUAAACAGUUAUUAGACUAUCCAGGAUAUGAAGAUCUUGCUUGGAUUGAAUUUAAUAUUGGUCGAUCGUAUCGUUUCAAAGGAAACUUUGAAGAAGCACGAAAAUAUUAUGAUCUUGCAUAUAAUAGAAUGAUGAAUACUAAACCAAUGCGAAUUAAAGAUUCCGCACGUAUUAUUCGUAAUAUUGGUAAAGUUUUAAAAGAUCAAGGCAAGUAUAACGAAGCUUUUCAAUCUUAUCGAAGAGGUCUUGAAAUUCAAAAAACAUUCUUCGAUUUCAAUCAUCCAGAUAUUGCGAAUAGUCUUGGCAGUAUUGGAAAUAUUUUUGAUAUACAGGGAAAUUAUGAUCAAGCUCUUGAUUAUUACGAACGAGCACUCAACAUCCUUAAAGAUUCUUUACCAUGGAAUCAUCCAGACAUUGCUACUAUUCUUGCCCAUACUGGUACUACCUUGAAAAAUAAAGGCAAGUUCGAUAAAGCUUUGGAUCACUAUCAACAAGCAUUGAACAUACGAGAGAAAGUUUUACCACCAAAACAUCCUGAUAUUGCUAAUAGUAUGAUCAAUAUAGGAAGUAUUCUUAAAAUACAAGGAAAACUCACAGUUGCUUUAGAUUUCUAUCAAACAGCACUUAAAAUGCAACAGAAAAAUUUGUCAUCGAAACAUUGGCUUACUGCCAAGAGUCUUAAUGGUAUUGGUAGCGUCUUUGAAUAUCAAGGAAAUUAUAUAGAAGCACUUGAAUGUUAUCAACAAGCAUUAUCCAUACUAGAGGAAAGUUUACCGGAAAAUCAUCCAUAUAUUGCUUCUAACUUCACUUAUAUUGGUACUAUUUUUCAGCAUCUAGGAAAAGAUGACGAUGCUCUCAGUUAUUUUCAACGAGCAAUAAAAAUCCAAGAAAAAUGUUUACCGCCAAGUCAUCCUCUUAUUGGCGACACUUGGUUCAGUGGAGCAAACUGCUGUGAAAAUCUCCACAAGCCAAAAACAGCAUUAAAAUAUUAUCAAAAUGCAUUAGCAGUCUAUAAACAAUGUUUAACAGUUCGAAAGAGAUGUUACGAUGAGAUAAAAGAAAAUAUAGAUCGGCUUUCAAAUAAAAAGUAA